CAUUCUCUUUUGCACGCACUCGGAAAACCUUCGCGGCCUGUUGUGCAAAUUUUGUGUUACCGAGGAGUAAUUCGUCGAAUUUCCACGCAAAUUUUCGAUUCUUUCCAGCCUUAAAAAUGGUCGAACUCGGUAACCCAGUCCGCGUGUCCCCGCUGAUCAAGUUCGGCCGCUGGUCGUUCCUGGCCAUCGGAAUCGUGUACGGUGCCUACCACCAGGGUCGGCUGGCCAAGCGGGAGGUUGGAAUCCGGGAAAUCGAAGCCCAGCAGAAAGUUAUCCGGGAUGCUAAGUUGGCCGAGGAGAAGAAGCGUGCCGCGGCAGAGGAGAAUCGCGCCAUUGCCGAACUGUCGGCCCCAAGCAAGAAGUAAACUGGAAUCCGGUUGCUUUUGCAAGCUUUAGUCUUAAGAUUCCAUCUAACAACAUCUUCGGUUUGGAUCGGUAACUGUGGAAAGUUUUUUUUUUAUUCCAAGCAGCGUCAACAUCGUAGCGGCUGAUAUCUGGAAAACAUGAUUAAGUAAACUGUUGAAAAAAGAUUAAAUUUAACUGGUCGAAUCAAA